CACUGAUUUCCUCAUCCCCUCUUCAAAUAAUCUAUUCUCUAAAAUAAUGUACUUCUAUAAUUGUUGUGUUCCUCUUCACUCCUGAAUUCCCUCCAUUCACGUUUCUUUCUGGUUCAUCAACAUCGUCAUCAUUUUCUUUCUCAGGCGCUCAUCAGCGAUCCAGUUGUCUCAGACGACACCUCACUGCCGUCACUUGACAAAUGGAGUCGUGAACCAUGGGUUCCUUUAAUCUCUUUAGGUUAGUAAAUUUCAUUACCUUUAAAUCUGUAUUAUUAAAUUUCAAUACCAUAAAUAUUUUUUGUUGUAGCAAGAAAAAGGUAGAAUAAAAGAGAAUUAAAAAUGGAUGAUUAUCAAGAAGUGGAGAGAUUUGGGAUGGAUAAUGAUUUUGAGGGUGGGCAGUUUAUCGGGGAUGAGUUUUUUUACAAGAAACGUAAAGAAAAAUCAGUUCAAACUAGGGAUGAUGUAUUGUAUGGUGUAUUUGCAUCCGGUAGCUCAGAUUCAGAUUAUGAUGAUGACUCCUUUUCUGGGAAGAAGAAGAGGAGAAAAGGGGGGAUUGUUAAGAAGCAUGAUUAUUCGAAACCUGUAAAUUUUGUUUCUACUGGUGUUGUUGCUCCUAAUCAAGAGAUUGAUCGAAAUGCGAAAGAGGGUAUUGAAAAGCCUAGUGAUGAGGAUCCGGAUGAUGGGUUUAAACCUGGGCUUGGGCUUGGAGCUGGGCCGAAUUCUGGUGCUGGGUUAGGGUUUGGAUUGGGUUCAAGUAAUAGGGCUGAGAAAAGUUUGAGUAGUAAGAGGCAAGACGAUGGGGAAGCAGCGGAAGAGGAGGAUUUGUAUUUGCCAACUGCUUUUGGGAAGAUGAUUAAGGAAGGGGCAGAGAAGCGACGUGAGAUGGCAAAAUUGUCUGGGGGCAGCAAGUCAAAAUCAGGAGGGGGAGUAGGAAGGAAAAUUAAAGACGGAAAAGGGGGAGAUGUCGGGAGUUUUGAGAAGCAUACAAAAGGAAUUGGGAUGAAAUUGAUGGAGAGUAUGGGGUAUAAAGGUGGUGGUUUGGGGAAGAAUGCGCAAGGUAUUGUUGCUCCUAUUGAGGCAAAGUUGAGGCCGAAGAAUAUGGGGAUGGGGUUUAACGAUUACCAGGAAAGCAAAAACUUGCCGAGCUUGGUGGAUGUGCCUCCACCUCCUGAAUUGGAGGAAAAACAGCAAGAGUCUAAGCAGAGGGAAGAAAAACUAUGGAAAAAACAGGCUCGAGCUCGUGCUAAGAAGAAAGAGAACAUUAUUACGCCAGAUGAGUUGUUGGCUUUGAAGGCAGAGGCACAAGGGCCAGAUUUGGUACUUCAGAAGGUUGUGGACAUGAGGGGACCCCAGGUUCGGGUGUUAACGAAUCUGGAAAAUCUGAAUGCGGAGGAAAUGGCGAGGGAAAACGAUAUUCCCAUGCCGGAGUUGCAGCACAACAUUAGAUUAAUAGUCGACUUGGUAGAGCUUGACAUUCAGAAGAUCGACAGGGAUUUGAGAACUGAGAGAGAGACUGCCGUUGCAUUGCAAAAGGAAAAGGAAAUGCUUCAGAUAGAAGCUGCUCGUCAGAUGAAGCAGAUUGAUUCAAUGGAGGAAGUAGUUCAGGCUCUGGAAACUAUUGAGGAGGAGCAUAUGUCAGGGAGGUUGACUUUAGAAUCCCUUGCAAAAUCCUUCGGGGAUCUGCAAAAGAAGUUCCCUGAGGAAUAUAAACUUGGUAACUUGUCUUGUAUUGCAUGCUCCUUUGCUCUUCCUCUGUUGAUUAGAGUGUUCCAAGGAUGGGAUCCACUUAUGAACCCAUCCCACGGCAUGGAUGUGAUGAGUCGUUGGAAAGGUUUAUUGCAAGGAGAUGAAGAUCAUGACAUAUUUGAAGAUGCGUCUGCCCCUUAUUCGCAGCUGGUGGCCGAAGUAGUGUUCCCUGCCGUUAGAAUAGCAGGUAUAAACACAUGGCAGGCUAGAGAUCCAGAGCCUAUGCUUCGAUUUCUCGAAUUAUGGGAGAAGUUGCUUCCACCUUCUGUGUUACAGUCCUUGCUUGAUAUGAUUGUGAUGCCUAAGUUGUCUGAAGCUGUGAAUUCUUGGGAACCAUGUAGGGAAACAAUACCGAUCCAUGUCUGGGUGCAUCCAUGGCUUCCAUUGCUUGGUCAAAAGUUGGAGACACUCUAUCAAGGGAUCCGUUUAAAAUUAGGAACUGUCCUAUAUAAAUGGCAUCCUAGCGAUAAGUCUGCCUUUACUAUCUUAUCACCCUGGAAGACAGUAUUUGAUGCAGCAAGUUGGGAACAACUUAUUGUACGAUCCAUUCUUCCCAAGUUGAUAGAUGUGAUGCAGGAAUUUCAGGUGAAUCCUGCUAAUCAGAUACUUGAACCUUUUCAUUGGGUAAUGACAUGGGCUUCUUCAGUUCCCAUACAUCACAUGGUCAGCUUACUUGAGAUACACUUCUUUAGCAAAUGGCAGCAAGUCCUGUACCAUUGGUUGUCAACAAGUCCAAACUUUGAAGAGGUCAUGCGGUGGUACCUUGGAUGGAAAGAGUUUAUCCCUCCUGAACUUUUGGCUAAUGAACGUGUUAGGAACCAACUAAACCUAGGCUUGGACAUGAUGAACCGUGCAGCUGAAGGUUUGGAAGUGGUUCAACCUGGAGUGAAGGAGAACAUUAGCUAUUUGAGGAUUCAAGAACAAAGACAAUAUGAGGCUCAGUUGAAGGCUGCUCAGCAAACAAAUAGUGUGCCUAAGAACGUGAAAGAAGUAGUCGAGGCUUACGCACAGCAGCAUGGCUUGCACUUUAAGCCUAAACCUGGAAGAUUUCAUAAACACCAUCAAGUAUAUAGUUUUGGUAGUGUUAGCAUUAUUGUGGAUUCCUUCAAUGAACAGAUCUUUGCUCAAGUCCAGGAAGAAUGGCCGUUAGUAACUCUUGAUAAACUUCUAGAAAUGCAGAAUAUUUCUGGUCCAAGACGCCGCUGACUGAGCUGUGGCAGUAGGCUCAUACCUUUUAUUCUCUUUGCUAUCUCUCUUUGGUUAUCAAAUUCUUCUUAUAUUUAUCUUUCUGUUUCCUUCAUCCAAAUGUUAAAGGCAUUGAUGCCUGUAAUUGUUUACUACAUUGGAGUAAUGCUAAGAAAAAGAUAACUUUAAGAUGAAUAUAAUGAUAAAUAUGGUUUGUAUUUCAA